AUGUCGAAUCACCCAUUCGAGCUGAAGGAAAAUGAAGAGCGCUCUUCAUGUUCAUCAGACGAUAGUUUUAGUCAUCGAAAUGGUAGUUGGAAAGGCCUCCUCCGCGGUAAUGGAAAAGAAAAAAGACAACACGAUCAUGAUAAAGGUGGUUUUAGGAGACGUUGGUUUCGUAUCGUUGGUAUUAUGAUUGUGCUCGGAGUUAUCGCUACUUUGAUAUGGUUGUCUUUACUUCUGACCCUACCUCAUCGACAUAGACCUCAAAUUCCGUCGAACAAAGUCAGUUCCAUAGUAGAUGAUUGGCGAAAGCCUGAAGAUUCUAUCAGCUUGCUUUCUCCUUGGAAAUCAGAUUUUACCGAAGGCAUUACGCCAAUAGCAUGUCAUUCACACAACGAUUAUUGGCGUACUGUCCCACUUUUCGAAGCUUUGGCUGCUGGAUGCACUAGCGUAGAAGCAGACAUAUAUCUUCCAACAAAACCUGGAAACGAAGAUCUUUUAGUAGGCCAUUCUUCAUGGUCGCUGGCACAAGAUCGUACACUUCAAAGCCUAUAUAUUGAACCUUUAUUUACUAUCCUUGAAAGUUUCAAUAAUGGAUCCACCCAUCCAGAUGGAAAUGACUGGAUUGGCAUCUUUCAAUCCAGUCCAAACACUACUGUUACACUUUUUCUGGAUUUUAAAUCCGAUGGUAGUGACCUUUGGCCAUAUGUAAAUCGACAGCUUGAGAAACUCCGAGCCAAGAACUGGCUUACCCACUGGAAUGACUCGAGUGGGAUCACUUGGGCCCCAAUUAUAGUUGUCGCUUCCGGAAAUGCUCCUUUUGACCUACUGAUUUCCAAUACUACCUACCGCGAUAUAUUCUUCGAUGCUCCUUUAGACGAUAUUGCAAACUCUCUCUACGAUGAUACGAACUCUUACUAUGCUAGUGUUUCGAUGUCAAAAGCCAUUGGCAGACUGUGGCUAUGGAAGUUCAGUUCAACACAGCUAAAUAAAAUUAGUGAACAAGUUAGCGCAGCAAAUGGGAAGGGUUUGAAAGCCAGGUACUGGGAUACUCCUUCUUGGCCUAUAACUUUGAGAGAUUAUGUGUCAGGAAUCUUGAUAGAGAGGGGAGUCGGGGUUUUGAAUGUCGAUGUAUUUUCCUCUACAUUUUAUUUCCCAUUGAUAACUAGAUUUGGGAAGAACAGACUUGUUUGGUGA